GGUUGUCGGCGAUGACCGUCAAUUACAACCAGGAAGUGUCAUCGGUUAAUUCCUUCACGUUCGUGAAGUUGUUAAUGACAUGGCGGGGUUCGAUCUGGAAAUCAGUGAGAUGGGAACUAACGAUGUGGGUUAUUGCAUUCGCAGUUGUUCAGAUGGUUUAUCGAUAUUUAAUGACUGAAGAUCAACAAAAAUUUUUCGAAUACUCUGCCAUUCACUUAAAUGUUCGUUUAAUACACAUUCCACUCACUUUCAUGCUCGGAUUCUUUGUGACAAUUGUUGUCGACAGAUGGAGAUCAGUUUUCACAAAUAUUGGAUUUAUUGAAAACGUGGCCCUAUCAGUGGGCACCCUGGUCGCCGGUACAGAUCACGCUGCAAAAGUGCUCCGCCGCACAAUAAUCCGAUAUCUCGUCUUGUCGCAAGUUCUCGUGCUCCGUGACAUUUCAAUGAGAGUUCGUCGGCGUUUUCCGACAAUGGAGUCACUGGUUUCGGGAGGAUUUUUGUAUAGAGACGAAUUGGAGAGAAUGUACAAGUGUGAUACAAUGUAUAAUAAGUAUUGGUUGCCAACACAUUGGGCAAAUCAAUUGGUGCAUAAAGCCAUGUUUGAGACGAAAAAUGUGGAUUCUGUGCAGAGUAUGAACUCGGUUUUGAUGAACAUUAAAGAAUUCCGUCAAUCUAUGGAAAUGCUAACAAAAUAUGAUUGGGUUCCAAUUCCCAUCGCCUAUCCACAGGUCGUUUUCCUCGCUGUACGUGUCUACUUCAUCAUUUGUCUGGUAUCCCGUCAAUAUCUUCUCUCGGCUCCGCCAACUGAAGCUCAAUCGAUUGUCCCAAUUAUGACAAUUUUGCAAUUUGUAUUUUUUGUCGGGUGGAUGAAGGUAGCCGAAGCAUUACUGAAUCCUCUCGGAGAAGACGAUGAUGAUUUCGAAUGUAAUUGGUUGAUUGACAGAAAUAUGUCAACUGGAAUCGAAAUAGUCGACACGUGUCAUGAUUCUUGUCCGCCACUGAAACUCGAUGAACCUGAUGAUGAAUCGGGAACUAUGUAUUGGUGCCACCCAACAAAAAAUGGUUCUCAAGCUCCGCCUUCUGCAGUUGCAAUCUCCCAACAUAAAAAUCCAUUUACAAAGGUUCUAAACAUGGUGCACCCAUUUUCAUCCGGUACAUCAUCCAAUUCAUCUUCUUUCCGUCAGGAUCCGCCAAAUUGAUUUUUUGAAUAAAAUUAGCAUCCAC